GUGCCAUAAGCAACAACAACAUAGGAAUACGUACAAUUCCGCAUAAGGAUACCGUGACAUAUAAAUGACAUCAUGUAACAGUGUUGAUAAUUAGCAUAAUAUGAAAUGCAUUUUCUCUGUCUACAAUUGAAUUAAAAUGUCUGAAAAAGAAAUUAUUACCUUUUUUAUCCAUUAAUGAUCCAUAGGGAUACAUUAAGAUAUUGAUAAGAAAGAAAACUCCAGUUAAACCCUGUUAAUGUUAGGAUAUUACUCUACGCAUUCCUAUCUUAAAAUUCAACAUGGAGCGAUGGCAGGGGCGUGUAGCUCUAGUGACCGGGGCGUCUGCUGGCAUCGGUGCGGAGUUGUGCAGAAUCCUGGUGCAGCAUGGUAUGUUAGUGGUGGGAUGCGCGCGAAGCGUGGACAAGAUCAAGUCCAUUGCAGAUGAAGACGCUUUGAAGACUUCACCAGGAAAGCUAAUCGCCAUCAAAUGCGACUUGACCAAAGAGUCCGAUAUCCUGUCACUGUUCGAUGAGAUACGCCAGAAAGUCGGCCGACUCGAUGUCUGCAUCAACAACGCUGGACUCAGCUACGACGCUCCUCUUCUUACUGGAACAACGGAGCAGUUCAGGAAUAUGUUGGACGUGAAUGUAAUGGCUUUGUGCAUCUGCAGUCAGCAGGCGGUUAAACUGAUGCAGGAGAAAGGCAUAGAUGAUGGUCAGAUCAUACACAUCAGCAGUAUAGGUGGCCAUGCGAUUCCUCAAAUCGGAGGUUGGAUGGGUGCUCAUUUUUAUUGCGGCACCAAAUUCAUGAUUCGAGCUCUCACUGAAGGACUUAGAAAGGAGAUCAAGGCCCUCAAGAGUCACAUCAGGGUGGCGAGUGUAAGUCCAGGAUUGGUGGAAACGUCGUUUUUUGAUAAUUACUUGAAGGAUAAUACCUCUUUUAAGCCAGAAGACUUGUUCAAGAACCAACCUCUGCAAUCGAAAGACGUCGCCGACACCGUCGUCUACAUCCUGUCAGCCCCUCAGCACGUCGUUCAUGAUGUUAUCCUCUGUCCUUACAACAGCUUAAUCUGAAAGAUAUGUGUCUUUUGAAUCCAUAUGUCUGGAUUCUUAGAACUUGCUAGAGGAUUCUGUCAAAGCAGUUUUAAAUAAAAGCAGUUAUCAUAAUU